AUGGAGAAGACCUACUCGUUGACAGCCCACUAUGAUGAGUUUCAGGAGGUGAAGUACGUGAGCAAGUACCAGAGUGGCACCCUGCCCAAUGGCUUCACCCUCCAGCUCGGCACCGGGGCCAAGAAGCGUCGUGGGGGGCUGCCGCGCUGGAGCCGCCGGGAGGUCUGCCUGCUCUCAGGGCUGGUGUUCGCUGCGGGGCUCUGUGUCAUCUUGACGUGCAUGUUAGUCCUCAAGUACCUGGCAGCUGAAGGGGACAGCUACUGCCUGGAGGGGUGCCAGGAGAAGAAGGCCUUCCUACGGGCAUCCCGAUUCCUCAGCGCCAACAUGGAUGCAACCAUCGACCCCUGCCAGGACUUUUAUUCCUUUGCCUGUGGUGGCUGGCUCCGGCGACACGGCAUCCCGGAGGACAAGCUGGUGUAUGGCACCAUCGGGGCCAUUGCAGAGCAGAACGAAGCCAAGCUGCAGGCGCUGCUGAGCCGCCCCGUGCGGCGCCGAGCUCCCGCCUCGGCCGAGAGGAAGGUCAAGGAGUUUUUCCGCUCAUGCCUGGACCGAGCUGAGAUUGACCGGCUGGGUCCGCGGCCCAUGCUGGAGGUCAUCGGGGAGUGUGGCGGCUGGGAUGCCCCUCCGGGCCGUGGAGACAUCAAUGAGCUGCUCUACAAGACGCAGGGAGUCUACAGUGCUGCGGUGCUCUUCUCCCUUACUGUCAGCCUGGACGAGAGGAACACCUCCCGCUAUGUCAUCCGGAUUGACCAGGAUGGGCUAACUCUGCCUGAACGGACCCUCUACCUGGGGCAGGAUGAGGAGAGUGAGAAGAUCCUGGCGGCAUACCGGGUGUUCAUGGAGCGGUUGCUCACCCUCCUGGGGGCUGAGCACGUGGAGCAGAAGGCUCAGGAGAUCCUGCAGCUGGAGCAGCACCUUGCCAAUAUCACAGUGUCUGAGUAUGACGAUGUGCGGAGGGAUGUCAGCAGCAUGUACCACAAAGUGACCCUGGGUGAGCUGCAGCGCAUCACCCCCACGCUCAAGUGGAAGCGCUUGCUGGACCGCAUCUUCAAUGACAACUUCUCGGAGGAGGAGGAGGUGGUGCUGCUGGCCACCGACUACAUGCACAAGGUGUCUGACCUCAUCCGCGUGACGCCCAGCAGGAUUCUUCACAACUACAUGCUGUGGCGCAUUGUGGUGGUGCUGAGUGAGCACCUCUCCACCCCCUUCCGUGAUGCCAUCCAUGAGCUCUCUAAGGAGAUGGAGGGCAAUGAGAAGCAGCUUGAGCCGGGCAAGGUCUGCCUGAGCCAGGCUAACAAGCACUUCGGCAUGGCCCUGGGCGCCCUUUUUGUCGAGGAGCACUUCUCCUCCACCAGCAAAGCCAAGGUACAGCAGCUGGUGGAGGACAUUAAAUACAUCCUGGAUCAGCGCCUGGAUGAGCUGGACUGGAUGGAUGAGGAAACACGGCGAGCAGCCAGAGCCAAGCUCCGGUACAUGAUGGUGAUGAUCGGGUACCCCGAUUUCCUGCUGAAACCAGAGGCCAUCGACAAGGAGUAUGAGUUUGAUGUGGAUGAGAAGACCUACUUCAAGAACAUCCUCAACAGCAUUGCCUUUGGCAUCAGGCUCUCAGUGAAGAAGAUCCGGCAGGAGGUGGACAAGUCCGCGUGGCUGCUGCCUCCCCAGGCACUGAAUGCGUAUUACCUGCCCAACAAGAACCAGAUGGUGUUCCCUGCUGGCAUCCUGCAGCCCACCCUCUACGACCCUGAGUUUCCGCAGUCACUGAACUAUGGUGGGAUCGGCACCAUCAUUGGGCAUGAGCUGACCCAUGGCUACGAUGACUGGGGGGGACAGUAUGACCGGCAUGGGAACCUGGUGCACUGGUGGACAGAGCGGUCAUACAGCAAGUUCCUGAAGAAGGCGCAGUGCAUCGUAAACCUCUACGACAACUUCACUGUCUACAACCAGCGGGUGAAUGGCAAACACACACUGGGGGAGAACAUUGCUGACAUGGGGGGGCUCAAACUCGCCUACUACGCUUACCAGAAGUGGGUGCGGGAGCAUGGCCCAGAGCACCCCCUGCACCACCUGAAAUACACACACGACCAGCUCUUCUUCAUUGCCUUUGCCCAGAACUGGUGCAUCAAGCGGCGAUCCCAGUCCAUCUACCUGCAGGUGCUGACAGACAAACAUGCCCCAGAGCAUUACAGGGUCCUGGGCAGUGUCUCUCAGUUCGAGGAGUUUGGACGUGUUUUCCACUGCCCCAAAAACUCACCCAUGAACCCGGUGCACAAGUGCUCAGUGUGGUGAGGCCAAUCCCCCCUCGCAGGCUGGCAUCCCCCAUCCCCAUCCCUGCUGCAGUGCCACUCUGUGCCUGCUCCACGCCUCUGCCCACCUCCUCCUCCUACUCUCCAGGCAAAGAGGGCACCCCUGGGUGACAUGGAGGG